CAGGAGGAGGCCUGCGCUCUUGCUGUGUCUUCCGCCUCAGUUGAGCUUCCGGCGCGAAGGUCACGGACAAGAUGGUUCCCCCAGUUCAGGUCUCUCCGCUCAUCAAGGUGAACCCGCUUCACCGUCGCUGCACGCUCUGCCGAUACUCAGCCCUGGUCCUCGGCAUGGCCUACGGCGCCAAGCGCUAUAGUUACCUAAAACCCCGGGCAGAGGAGGAGAGGAGGGUGGCAGCGGAGGAAAAGAAGAGACUAGAUGAGCUGAAACGGAUUGAGAGAGAACUGGCAGAAGCUCAAGAUGACAGCAUACUCAAGUGACGGGCCAGUGAGCUUGCCUUUUCUUUAGUCGCUGAGGAUGAAUAAAGCUUUGUUGUGUGA